UUCCGGCAUAUUUUGAUAGAGGUUCGAGUGUCUAAUAAGUUGUUCGGAGUGUUCCCCUUCCCUUCUGAAUUUUUUCUAAUCAAAAAAUUUCAGAAAAAGAAGAAACAUAAGAGACCUAGAGGGCAUCUAAAUUGGGAAGAUGAGGAAGAAGAAAGUGAGGAUGAGUCAAGUGGAAGUGAUGAAGCACCGACAAAGCGUUACAAACUCAAAUCAGUCCAAGAAAGACUUCGAAAAACAGAAAAAGCAAUGAAUGAAAUUUUGAGUCAAUUAGAAUUAAUUGCAACAAAUAAAGAAGUAUUAAAUGAAGGGGAAGAUAAAUCUGUUGAAGAUGAAAAUAGAUUGAAAGAGGAGACACAAAAUAUGGAAGAAAGUUUGGAAAAAUUGAAGAAACUUUCUGCGAUUUAUAAGAAAAAUGAACAGAUAAAAAAUUCCUUUAGAAACAAAUGUGAAGAUUCUGAAGAAGAGGAAGAAGGUGAAGAAAUAAAUGAUAAGGAAGAAUUCUCUACAAGUUCUGAAGAGGAAGAGAUGAGUGAAUUGGAAGAGGAAAUUGAGGAAGAAAAUGAUAAUAAAAAUGAAGAUGAUGAAGAAAUUGAAGAGAAAGAUGUAAGGAAAAGAAGGUAA